AUGUUUGGGGAGAUCCUGACAAAAUGGCAGAAUCAUUUAUCAACUGAAAAUCUCACUGCCCUUGCUGAACUCAAGAUGUAUGUGCAGGAAGAACAUGCACAUGAUCAAGUUGUCAAGAAGUGGCUCAAACAUCAGUAUGCUGAAGAACCUACAGGAGCCAGCACAGCAGGAGAAUCACAACCCACUCUCAGAGGGAGUGGAGAAAGUCCCCUGUCAGCUGUGAACAGGCAAGGAAUUCAGCAGGCUGCUGCUGUUCUCAUUCAGGGAGUUGAGGAGGAGGAAAUGCAACCCUCAUCAAUGGAGAGUCCCACUACUAAUGAACAGCAAUUCACCAAAAUACCAAUUGAAGCACUUUUGGAUUACUCUCAAGCAGAAUCUUGGCUUGGGUCAUUUUAUGAAGUGGCCCUUAGAGGCUUAGAUGAUGAUCUUGAGCUUUACCAACUGCUUGAUCUUGAUGCAGAAGGUGAAGACAACCCUGAUCAUGUUUUCAUUGGGUAG